GUGAGUCCUCCUCCUACCCCAGACUCCAUUGAACGCUGGAAACACACCAAAACACCACUUUUCAUGUCACAAAACACACAGGAGCCCGACUCCUCGCCCGACUUGGCAAUUGUCGACCUCGUGACCAAAUCCGUGCUUUCCAAUUACACCAUAGACGACGAGAUCCUCAGAACUUGGCUGACGGAGCUUGCAGAUGUCGCUGGAGAUAGCAAGCUUUUGGCCGCUGCGAUACAAAACAGCAUCUUGGUGCUGUUGCCUUUGGAAAAUGCCUUUUUCAACCACUCCCACGAGUCCGCCUGGUCCAAAUGCUUAUCUAUGUUGAACGACCUCGAUAACGAGGUGUACCUGGACUUCAAGCUGAUUAUCUACGAGCUUCUCCUCCAGGCGAUACGCUCCAAUACCGCUCGCUUGCAGAUGCUAGAAUACGAUUUCAUAGAUGUUUUUGCCGACGACUACCUCGCCAAUCUAGAGGACCUCCAUCUGCCUCAAAAAGCGGCGCUUCUUUCGGCAUUGAUAGAGUUGAACUGCCCGGUCAAGACGCUCAAGAAGCUUCUAAGCCCGCUCCUCGAAGGAUCGGCUAAAGUGCCUGCUUCGUCAAAACUCAUCUUGCUUGAAUAUCUCACCUCGAUUGUCAGAGAGUUUCCUUCCCAUUUCACGGCUCUCACACUCAACAACUUCCGCAACAAAAACUUGCCUCUUCCGCUCAGCAAAGAGUUCAAUUCCAAGUGCUUUACCGUGCAAGCGUGGCUUAAAGUUGACGAUCCAGUUGAGAACCUCGAGGAAGACGGUUUCAGCGUCAUUCCUCUUUUUCUGCUUGCAGACGCUUCAAGCGGUGCUUCAACGUCCAUACGAGUCCAGCUUUUGAACUACACCCAGUUCAUGGUGGAGGUGGUGAACAAAUCAACCGGCUCGAGAAUGCAGUAUUCCUUCAACCAGCACCUUGACCGUCUGAGCCCGACGAACCAGGGCUUCACGCUCUUCACAUUGACAUACGACUACUUGAGGAAUAUCAAUCUUUUCAUCAAUGGCCAGAAAAGCGAGUCGAUUCCGUGCACUUCCAUUGCAAAGGAGAUUGGCUCCUGGAAUAAACUCUACAUUGGCAAUCCGGAGUCCGAAGAUUGCCUGAAAAGCAAAAGGGACGAGCUCCUUCUCAAAGACUUGAUAAUUCUAGAUUCCGCCUUGAGCGAAGAGUGGAUCCUUACUUCUUGCGCCUUGGGCGUCGGCUUCAAUUGGGGCCUGAAAGACCUCACAGAGGAGACCAUCCCAGACUUGUUCAACCACUUGAAUCCGGUCGAACUCACGGAUUUGGGUGCCCAGUUCAGCACCUUGGGCUUGAGCGGCGAUGCACGCAGACAGCACUCAGGAAAGUCAAAGUCGGACGAUCAGAUAGAAGUUCUCGAAAAACCCGACAUUGUUCAUUGCCUCAACAAACUGAAGUUUAGCAGGUCUAGCAUUCUUUUUGACAGCAAUGAGUCCGGCUUUCUCGACCAUGUUCGGAAAGCAAAGAGCAAAGAGUACAUCGCUUUAGUUCCUGAUUCGCUUAAUGGCGGGUUGUACUGCCUCGGAGGAGCCAGUUUCCUUCUUACCUUGGUGGAUACCAUGUCUAACGAUCCACAGCUUGAAAGGGCAGACAGAAAGCAGCUUACCUUCAAGUCGCUUGAAUUGCUACUAGAGUGCUUGAGAAACAGCUGGAGAAUCUACAAAGAAUUUGAGAAAAACGACGGCUUUUGCAUUUUGGUGCUUUUGCUUAAGCAGUACAAGGAGCGCUACAAUGGUCGUCUAGAGUUUGACGGAAGUCUUCUCGAACUUUUCCAGUCGUUUGCAGGGUACGACGCAAAUACCAAAAGAGGCUUCAUCAAGAAUGCUUUAGCCUUCAAGCUUCUUGUGCUAGAUUUCCAUCUUUACGACGGCACAGUCGACCAGGAGCUUCUCAAAACCUCCAUUGUCGAUAUGGUGAGCUCUGUUGAGACCAGAGACCACAAUCUCCGAAUGCUUUCGAGGUUGAAGCUCCUCAAGCGUCUUGUCCACUUUAUGGAAUUCAAGCUUCUUAGUAAGAAGGCGUCAGACAAGGAAAUCGAGGAGUUCAGUGAUGUUCUUGGCUCCAUUCUUCGGACUGAUAUCUCCCUCGACACUAUCAGGUCCUUCUCUCACUUCAUCAUCUUUGCCAUCUACAGAAGUGAAGAAAGUGGUUUGAUUUCCCAAAAAAUCGGCUACGCUGCUUUGGACUCCCUUACAAGUCAACUCUGUGACUCCACCGCUUCAGUCAGACAAUUGAAGAAGUUUUCUCGUGCCCUCACCAUUCAUUGGCUUCUUUUGUUGUUGAACUUUCGUUCUGGAGGUGACGAUGUGGAGGCCAAGCAGUUUGACAAAAAAAUUGUAUGUCGUGGACUUACUCUCCUUAUUCGUCUUUUGAGAAUUCUUGGUCCCCGUAUCCUGAAAAAGUUCUUUCAGUUGAGCAGGGGCCUUGAUGUCUUGACGCAUUCUCUCAAGGUUUGGUGGAGCGAUGACGAGAUCAUCAGCUUGCUCUUUUUAGCAGGUUUUGGGUUAGAUACUCGUGUUGAGGAGCUUCCUAUUUCGACUCUUCCCCAGAUUCUUGAAGUCGAUAAGGUAAAGAGCAUCAAGACAUUGGUGGCACCCGAAUUCAUUCUUCUAUUGAACAACAUGGUACUCAGUUCCAUGUACGAUUUGAGUGUCCGUCAUGGCAGGGUACUCAGUGUUCCCAAUUCCCCUCAAAGAUCUCAACACAAAAAACUGCAAGAGGAGGAGAAUUUUGCCAUCACAUUCAAUGCUAUCCACCUCAUCAACCAGUAUAUUGAUACGAUAAAGGCCGGAUUCAACGUAUCACCUGCUUUGACCUCGUUUUUCACGAGCAGAGAAUGGCUUGAGGGAAUUUACGAAUUACAGGGCCAUCUCAAGCUUUCCGUUGAUUGGUCUGAACCAACUUUCAAGAAGAGCUUCCGGAAGGCCUCGGAGAAGCUCAGUGCUGCUUUAAGUGACAUUUUUAUAUCAAAGAUGCACGACGUCAAGAUACUUUUCAGAAUCUUGGAGCCUCUCAAUGAGAGCACCCUAAAGAUGAUAUUGGAUUCUACGUUCCCGAGAAUAUUCAGCCAUGUGAACCAUUUCUUCACUGAUUCUAGUUCAAUGGGAAACGAGGCUGAUUUAUUGGACGGAACAUCGGAUCUUCUCUUGUUUUACUUUGAGCAUUUCAUUGACGCAAACUACUACGUGAGCAAUGAGGAUAUGGACACGUUCGUUAAUGCUGCAUUGAAUGUUCUUGAGGCCAACAACCAAUCCAAGCGCCGCCAGCAUGGCCAACAGAAACUCAAAUCGGUGACUGGCCGUGCUUUGGUGCUCAAAUUAUCCAAAUUUCCAUCAAUAGGUACUGAUCCCGAAAGCGAGACAGAGGGAGAGGAACAACUCAAACAGCAUCUCGACGAGGUUGUGAAAUUUUUGCUUUACAAGCAAAUCGUUUUCCUUGACCCUGAGGUGUUGAACGAAACACUUUUGGCUCAGGUCUUUGAGGUUUUGAUUGUUCAAUUCUCGAAGCUCAAGAUCGAGAAGCAGUUUGAGAUAGCGGAGCAUUUCAUCAACUUUUUGAGGGCAGCUUACAUGAUGCGUGAAAGCACUUUCGAUAGCGUUAUUGAGCAGCUCACCAGCGCUUCAGACUACUCAAAUUCAGACAAUCUCAUUCGAGACUUCCUCAACAUUCUUGUCAGUCGCAAUGAUGAAGACAUCAUCAGACACCUUCACAGAUAUCCAGCGAUCAAGCACAUCUUCUCCAAGAAUCUCCAUUUUAGGUUGAGCAAGUUGAAGGAUGUUGGCAAGAUCAACGUUCUCGAGAUGACUCGAGUCAUGCUUAACAAUGGUGGUCGUCUAGGCUACAUGGACACCAUCUACAUCAAGAGCUUUGAAAAGGAUUGCGAGAAGCUUAGAGUGAAGAUUAUCAACGAAGAGCUCACAAACCAUAAUCGUGAGUUGCAGGAUAUCGACGACAACAACAACUUCUUCUCCACAUCCUUUGCAAACCUCAAGUCAGAGAUCACGAGAUUGUUUUACCAACAUGAUCUUGCUCCACCUAGUUACAUGUUGGACUACAUUGAAGGAACAGACAGAAUGAGGAAGCUUUUGGUAAUUGAGGACCAUUUGGCAGAGAGUGAUAAGCUCACCUACUCCAUUGACAUUCCUGUCAAGAAAAUCAAGGCGGUUGAGAUGGAUAUGAGUGAUUUCCAGAGUUACGAGUAUGCAAUUUCCCAAGCAAAUGUGGGCGAGUUGUCUCUUGUGGAUAAUCCAGAGGACGAUUUCGAAGAGAUUGAGAUUCCAUCUGAAGCUGGCGGCCCUGAAGGCACAGACUUUGAAGAUAAGAAUCGUCGUGUUUUGAGAAGUCUUUACAUGGGCGAUCAGAUCCAGCAUGUCUGGAAUAUCUCUCGGAUUAACGGACUUGAGAUUGUGGAAAGCUUGAUGAUCUUGGGAGUGACGCAUCUAUAUCUCAUUGAGAACUACUUCCACUGCUCUGAUGGAAAUGUCAUUGACGCUUGUGAUGCUCCUCUGGAGUUGAGGGAUCCUUAUCUUCACCUCAUUAACAGCCAGUCAAAUGGCACUAGUGGCAAUACGAAAACCCACAGAACCAAGAGCUGGUCACUUGAAAAGUUGAGCUCCAUCACGAAGAGAAAGUUCUUGUUGAGAGACAUUGCACUUGAAAUGUUUUUCAGUGAUGGUGCCAGCAUUUUGAUCACCUGUCUUUCGAACAAACAGAGAAAUGUCGUGAACAACAAGCUUCUGCCUUACGCUUCUGGGAAAGGUUUGGAUAAAGAUUUGGCGAUGACGCUCGAAAACUCAUCCCAAAUGUCACACAGCAACUCUCAGUCCAAUAACAGUUCUUUGACAUCGAGACUCACUUCGGCCUUCACCAAUAACUUCAAUGCCAAUUCGGGAAUAGCCAGUGUGACAAAGAAGUGGCAGCAAGGAGAAAUGUCCAACUUUUACUACCUCAUGUUGAUUAACACCAUGGCUGGUCGAACUUUCAACGAUUUGACGCAGUAUCCUGUCUUCCCGUGGGUACUUGCGGACUAUGAAAGCGAGGAGCUCGACUUAUCCGACCCCAAGGUUUUUCGUGAUCUUUCCAAACCCAUGGGAGCCCAAAAUGCCGCAAGAGCACUGCAAUUUGCAGAACGAUACGAGGCAUUGAGCACAUUGGACGACUCCUCCUCGCCUCCGUUCCAUUAUGGAACUCACUAUUCCUCGGCCAUGAUUGUUUCUUCCUACAUGAUACGCUUGAAGCCUUAUGUUCAAUCAUACCUCUUGCUUCAAGGAGGCAAGUUUGACCAUGCCGAUCGUCUUUUCUAUUCCAUUGAGAAGGCCUGGUCGUCAGCAUCAAAGGACAACACCACAGAUGUGAGGGAACUCACUCCGGAGUUUUUCUACCUUCCUGAAUUUUUGGAGAACCAGAACAACUUUGAGUUUGGAGCGUUGCAGACAGGCAAGGUGAUCCAUGAUGUGGAGCUUCCCAAGUGGAGCAAAGGAGAUCCUAAAAUCUUUGUUGCAAGAAACAGAGAAGCGUUGGAAAGUCCCCACGUUUCUGCAAACCUUCACAAAUGGAUUGACUUGGUCUUCGGCUAUAAACAGACGGGUGAAGAAGCAGUUAAAGCUUUGAAUGUGUUUCACCAUCUGUCUUACGAGGGUGCAGUCAAUUUGGAUGAUGUUGUUGACGAUGUUGAGCGCCGAGCUGUUAUCGGUAUGAUCAACAAUUUUGGCCAAACCCCAAUGCGCAUAUUCAACAAGCCUCAUGCUGCAAGGGAGGUGUUGAACGGUCCAGAUUUGUAUCUUCAGAUGCUUGACACGCAGAAACACCCUCCAUCCAGAACUUUUGAAUCGAAGCUCAACAUGCCUAUCGAGAAAUUGGAGGUCAGCGCCAAAACAAAGAAGUGGAUUGGCAGGCCUUCCUGUGUCUCGUCUGAGGACGAUUUGUUGAUAAGAAAGCCGCUGCUGCAAAGACUGUUGGUUGGAAGCGGCUCGCUCAUCAUCAACACUUCAUCGUUCAUGAAUCUACACCUGAGCAAUAUCACCGCCAUUGUUCAACUUGGCGACAAAACGUUUGUGACGGGUGCCCUGGAUGGCGUAAUCCAGGUCUGGAAAUACUUUGCCAAACCACAUCCUACCGUCCGUUUUCAGCACAUUCUCAGAGGCCAUGAGAGCGAAAUCAAGGCGGUCAAAUACAGCAAGACGUUUAAGAUCGGAGUCAGUCUUGACAGCGACGAGAAUGUCAUUGUGUGGGAUUUCUCCAGGUUCAUGUUUGUGAGGAAACUCCGUGCUGGAAACUCCAAGAGAAGCAUUGCUCCGCUACAUGUUUCCGCCUCCAACGACACUGGCAACAUUACGAUCUUGAGCAGCACUCGCUACGCCAACACCAUCGAGGUUUUCACUAUCAACGGACAGAAAAUCAUCGAAAAGCAGUUGGCGCCCGGAAAAGUGAGUGCUGUGAAUUUCGCCGGACUCAAUGGAACCUUGGUCGGUUCACCCAACGAUAUUCGUCAUGUCUACUGGAACCACGAGAUCGUUGCCGUUGCUUACGAAACUCCCAGAAAAGUUCUUCAGUUUUACGAGCUCGAAUGCAGCAGCAAAGGAUGGCAAUUGCUGAUGCUCCAGAGCGUUGCUUUGGACAAUCAUGUCGGUGGAUGUGUCACCUCGUUGGAGGUUUUCAAGCGUGCCGAAGCUGAUAAGCAGGAUAAGCUCUGCAGAGGCCUGCUUGCCGCUGUGCUUGGAGAUUCUCAGGGAAAAGUUUACGUCAUUGCGGAGAAUUAA